CAGCCCUCACUACCUCGUUGCUGAUCCAAGUCCUCCACACGAACCCGGAGUUCUCCCCUGAAGCCAUCUCUCAGCGAGUUUCAUAAGCUAAGAUUGGGUUGUGUCAGUAAAACACAUAAUGGCACCAAAGAAGAAAAACACCAAGAAAAACAAGACUGAAAAAAAUGAAUUACCAAAAAUAAGCAUUGCUGAAGACACAACCAUUGACAUUGAUCAGCUGAACCACCUUAACACUCUCUAUGAUAGUGGAUCAAAUGGGUUUCGAUGCACAGCCACAGAAGUCUCCAAUCCAAAUCAUGGUGCCAUCCUCUUGGAAGAAAUCAGCAGGAUGCGCCAGGAGAGACUCUUCUCUGAUCUCACACUAGCCACUAAAAAUAAAUCCUUUGAUGUCCAUAAAGUGGUGAUGGCUGCUUGUAGUGAUUAUUUCCGUAACAUGUUGAAGAAAGAUCCAUCCAUUCAAUGCGUAGAUGUUAAUGAUGCAUCGCCUUUGGGUUUGACCACUGCCAUAACUUAUGCCUACACAGGAUCACUCAACUUGUCUCUUUAUACCAUUGGAUGCACAAUUGCUACUGCCACCCAAUUCCAAAUGUCUACCUUGAUCAACUUGUGCACCAACUUCCUCAUUCAAGAAAUUAAUGUAGAAAACUGCAUGUACAUCUCGAACAUCGCUGGGACAUAUGGGCUGAAUCAGGUUAAAGAGUCGGCAAAGAAAUUCAUCCGUGAAAAUUUCUUGGAGUUUUCAGAAAAUGAUCAAUUCAUGAAGCUGACUUAUGAUCAAAUAAAUGAUUUGUUAAUGGAUGAUAGCCUGCAACUACCCUCUGAGCUCACUGCAUUCCAAAUUGCUAUGAAGUGGUUGCAAUUUGACUCCAAGAGGGUGAAACAUGCAGCUGAUCUGUUGAGUAAUAUCAGAUUUGGUACCAUUUCAGCUCAUGAUCUUGUCAGUUAUGUUCAACCUAUCCCAUGUAUGAUGCAAGAUCCCGAUUGCCAUCGGCUCCUAGUCAACGCCAUGAACUACCACCUCCUGCCUCAUCAACAGAACUCAAUGCAGUCUAGAAGAACAAAGCUCAGGGGAGGACAGAAGGUCCUGCUGACUGUAGGUGGUCGACCAGCUUUGACUGAGAAGGCUUUGAGCAGAGAAAUCUUAUACAGAGAUCCUGAAAAUGGAUGGAACAAACUUGCAGAAAUGCCAGCCAAAAGCUUCAAUCAAUGUGUAGUCGUGAUGGAUGGCUUUUUAUAUGUGGCUGGUGGCGAAGAUCAGAAUGAUGCCCGAAACCAGGCUAAACAUGCUGUCAGCAGUUUAAAUAGAUAUGACCCUCGUUUCAACACUUGGUUUCACUUGGCCAGCAUGCUCCAGAGGCGAACCCAUUUCAGCAUGUGUACUUACAAUGGCCUUCUUUUUGGUAUCGGAGGUCGGAAUUCAGAAGGUCCCCUCGCAUCCAUGGAAUGUUACAUCCCGUCCACUAAUCAGUGGCAGAUGAAGGCUCGGAUGGAGGUCGCGCGCUGCUGCCAUGCUUCUGCACUUAGCGAUGGCAAGAUCCUGGUAACUGGUGGCUACAUCAACAAUGGCUAUUCUCGCACAGUGUGUGCCUAUGAUCCUACAAUAGACACUUGGAAAGAUUAUGCCAGUUUGAGUACCCCCAGAGGCUGGCACUGUGCAAUCUCUUUUGGUGAUUAUAGCUAUGUGAUGGGGGGUAGUCAGCUUGGGCCACAAGGUGAGCGAGUUGAUGUAAUAACAGUUGAACGCUACAACGCUUACAAUGGCCAAUGGAGCUACAUGGCUCCUCUUGUGAUCGGUGUGAGCACAGCUGGUAUAACAACCCUGAAUGACAGAAUCUAUCUGGUUGGAGGUUGGAAUGAAAGUGCAAAGAAAUACAAGAGCUGCAUCCAAGCCUACAAUCCAGAUCUGAAUGAAUGGACUGAGGAGGACGAGCUGCCAGAAGCCACAGUGGGUGUCUCGUGCUGCACCAUUAUGUUGCCAAAUAACAAACUUCGGGAGUCCAGAGCUAGCUCUGUGGCAUCUGCAGCAAUCAGUAUCUAAUGAGCAACAUAUUUUAAAAUUUAAAAAGAACUCUUUAUAUAGCCAGAUUCAAAAUUCAAACCCUAGUAUUACUCCCCCAUUCUUUCCUCACUCAAUAAAGGCCUUACCACAGCAUUUCACCUUGCAAUAUCUGGCAAUAUUGUUUCAUGAUAGAGUGAACAGGAGGUGGGUAGCUCUUGUCUCAUAGCAUUUUUAAGGUGGAUAUCUUUAUGAAAAUGUUUGACAAAUCCUUUUUUCCAAUUGUCCCCAAAACCUUAGCCUGAUGUGUUGAAAUACAGACUACUUGCCUUUCUCACAACAAUAAAAGCUUUAUCAAAUA